AUGUAUGAAGGUGCAGGAACUUGUUAUGCUCGGGAUGGUGUGACCUUUCUGGAUCUUUUUGAUGCUGAUGAAUAUGCAGAACACAGGAAAGAAAACCUCUUCUACCCUUUUGCAUCAAGGGAAGAGUGGGAAGUCGCUGAUUUUCUCCUGCGUUCUCCCCUCAGUAUGGCAGCAAUUAACCAGUUUCUGGGACUCCAUAUGCUGGAUUUUGUCCCUUGCCGCGUUUACAUGACAUCGGCGCGGCUUCUUCGUGUAUACUCAGAGUGGUUGACAAGUGACUCUGCAUGGGAGAUCCAGGACCAGCUCCACAGAGGUGCAGCAGUCCUGGGCACUGUGCUUUCUUUGGACAAAACAAAUAUUACCAAUAUGACUGGUGCCAGAGUCGCUCAUCUGCUCCUUUUGGGCCUCGCUAACAUUCGCAUGAGCACUCGCACCAAGCUCUCAUCCAGGGCUUUUCUGCUCACAGCUCUUGUCCCUAUCCUGGAGUACUUGUAUCCCAAACAAUGGAUGCGGGGCAUGCUAGAAGAUCACCUUAUGCAUGAGUGUCUUUCCAUAGUUCUGAAACCCCUUAUGAUAGCUGCUGAAAUCGGAAUCAUGAUGUCCAACCCAGUGGGAAAUGUGCGCCACUGUUUUACGCGUCUUGCAGCGUAUAUUGUCGAUACUCCGGAGGCAUGUAUGCUUGCAUGCGUGUGCAGGAAAACUUUGCUGUUUACCUUAGCAUCAUAUCUGGAGUUUGGGGACGACUUUCGACACCCUGAGCGCACACACUCUAUCACCCUGGAACAGCUCGAUAGCAUAACAGUUGAUCCUGAUGACCUUGAAGCUUACUUCCAAGCAUGCGAGGAAUACCGACUAAAUGGUGUCCACUCUCCUUUCUGGAAGGACUGGCUGCUCGCUGAUCCAUCAGUCUUUUUAACUCCUGAACCUUUGCAUCACUGGCACAAGGAGUUUUACGAUUAUUGUUGUUUCUACAAUGAUCAUGAUCUCCAGUGGUGCCUUAUAGUUGUUGGAGCGCAGGAAUUAGACUUUCGC